UUUCUUGUGUUCACGCAGUAUGGAUUUUUGCUGUUCUUUGCUUUAGAGCACCUGAAAGAAGCUUCACAGGAAAUCUUACAAAAGCUUAGAAAGCUCGACUAGGAAAGAGGGUACUGGGCAGAAGUGAAAUCGAGAGGAUGCUCCCUGUUUUGAACAUUGAGCUGCUGUUUAGAACCUCGCUAAAUGUUGUUUGCCUAUAGAAUUAUCUUAGCAGCCACUAUUAAUGUGCAGAAAGGUUCCUGCGAAUGCUAAUGAAAGGUGGUGAUAGUGUUACACUUUGGAUAUCUUGAAGCUGAUAAUUGGACUGGAUUUAAACUGGACCCAAUUUUUUUAUGUUCAAUCUGGAUGACCCAAGGUUAAGAGCGAGUUGUAGCCUAGCUGUGUGUAUCCUUCCUAAAGGAAAAGAUCAGGCAAAUAACAAGAAAUUGGGUUGAAAGGGACCUUAAAGAUCAUCCAGUUCCAACCUCCCUGCGAUGGCAGGGACAUGUCGCACUAGAUCAGGCUGCCCAAGGUCCCAUCCAGCCUCCAGGAAUGGGGCAGCCACAACUUCCCUGGGCAACCUGUGCCAGUGCCUCACCACCCUCAUUGUGAAGAAGUUUCUCCUUAUGUCUAGUCUAAGUCUGCCUUACAGGAGCUUCAGGUGUCAUCCAGGAUCAUGUUGUAGUAGAUGCUAUACAGCUGUAGAACAGAAGAUGCCUCUUGUCCUGACAGGCUCUCAGCAGUGGCUUGCCUUGGGUAGAUUCCCUAUGGGCUCAGCAAUGCUGAGUGACAAUAACUCUGUGAAGCAGAAAAGUGAUUGUUCACCUCCUGUGCAAUGGUUUAAGGUGCCUGCACAUGAAGAUGAGAAGACCAAGUUGGUUUUUAAAAGAUUUCUUGCACUGUUUCUGGUUGGAGGGUGCUUCCUUUAUAUCCUCAAAUUACGUUUUGGUCCUGGAGAAUGUGACAGAACAAAAAUGCCAUAUGUGGACCUCAAUCGUGUAAGGAGAGCACAACAGUAUGCAAGUGCGGUGUUACAGGAACAGUGCCGACCAUCUUACGUGAAGAAACAGAUGAAGAAGUUAUUUGCGGAGAAAUAUAGCAUGGACAUAUCUCCCUUUGUAAGGAAGAAUGUAAAUGAAGAUGAAGCAUUGUUUAAAUACGAACCUCCUUUUGGAUUUCACAACUUCCUUGAUAAGCUUAAAAAUCUCCUUGAACUCUUACCUGAGCAUGAUUUACCAGAAGAUUUGAAGUCAAAACACUGUAAACAUUGUGUUGUUGUUGGUAGUGGUGGAAUUCUUCAUGGAUCAGAGCUGGGUCACUUAUUGAAUCAGUUUGAUAUUGUUAUACGGUUAAAUGAUGCACCAGUUCAAGGACACACAGAUCACGUUGGUAACAAAACUACUAUACGGAUGACUUACCCAGAAGGAGCCCCCCUUUCUGAACAUGAGUAUCCUCCUGCCAGCCUGUUUGUGGCUGUUUUGUUUAAGAGCGUUGAUUUCAACUGGCUUCAAGCAAUGGUGAAAAAUGAAACCUUGCCUCUGUGGGUGCGACUCUUCUUUUGGAAGGAAGUUGCUGAGAAAAUUCCUUUUACAUCAAAGCAGUUUCGGAUUCUGAAUCCAGUCAUCAUCAAAGAGACAGCUUUGGACAUUUUACAGUUCCCUGAACCUCGAUCAAAAUUCUGGGGUUGGGAUAAGAAUGUACCUACAAUUGGAGUCACAGCAGUUGUUCUGGCCACUCAUUUAUGUGAUGAAGUGAGCUUAGCAGGAUUUGGAUAUGACCUCGAUCAUCCCAACGCACCUUUGCACUAUUACAACAACCUCUGCAUGGCUGCCAUGAACGAACAAACUAUGCACAAUGUGACAAGUGAAACAAAAUUCCUGCAAAAACUGAUCAAAGAAAAAGUUGUCAAGGACCUCACUGGUGGGAUACAUUGUGAAUUCUGCAGCAAAGACAGCUAGUGAUUGAAGUGUGGCAUGGUUUGGGUUUCUUAACUUCCCAGAGGUUUGGCUGGAACAACCUUUUCACUGUCUUAACUAGUUCUUUACAGUGUGUAUAGAAUGGAUGUGGAAGCUCUGCUGCCUUUUUAAUGUUAAGUUCAAUAUAUUGGACCUGAAAAUUUAUUUUGAUGUCAGAUUUUACUUUGUACAUUUUUGUGGAUAGCUGUGUAAAUACAACUUAGGGCUGAAAAAGAUCAGUUUAAAAUAUUUAAUGUUUUAAGUUGUCUGAAGAAAAGCAGCGUUCUUGUUUUCAGAUGUAUAUGGUAUGCACAUCGUGAGCCUGACUUGUCUAACAGCAUACAAGACUCCAUUGAACUACUGUCUUUGACCCAGUUCUUGGUGUGUGACUCCUUUUCAUGCAUGCCAUGAAGAAAAAGGCCUGUGCUUCUCAAGUCUUUCAUUUCUCACAGUUAGAUUGUUUUGUUUUGCCCUCAAAUAUUUAUAUUCUUUUCAAUUCUUGCUGAUAUUUUUUAGGGGGCAUUGGAGGAAUAUGAGAGUGGAGGUGAAGGAGUAGGAACUGUUGUGGCAACAACUGAAUAGCAAGCACUUUGGUAUUCAUGGUUGAUAUUAAAAUCAUUGAUGUGUUAAUGGAUUGGGUUAGAAUUGUCAUGAGGCAUGUUUGAGCCCAGGGCACACUAAGGAUUUAACUAGUAGGAUCUUUCACCUGAAUCAGAUCUUUUGUCAUUUCUAUUUGCAAAGACCCAGGUAAAAGUUAAACUAGUUGAUUUGUAGCAGAAAUCACUUAGCCCAAUUAAAAAAGCAGCAUUAAUACAAAAUCUGCCUCUCUUCUUUUUCUGAGUGACUUGAGAAUUGCUGGUUCUAUGAAACGCUAGUUUAUGUACAUCUUCCAUUUAGCAAUAAUAGAAUUAUGACUAGGCUAAAAUAUCCAUGGGUUUACUUACAUAAUGAUUUACAGAUAUCGUAACCUUAUUAGCUUACAAUGAUGAUAACCCAUAUGAACUCUAGUGCUGGAUAUUUAAUUGAAUGGAGAGGCAGAGUUGUUGGUUUUCCUGGAUCAGUUGUUAAGUCAGCAAUUUGGGUGAGUGUCUAUAACUUAAGAAGAAAAUAACUUUGAGAAAGUAGUAUGGUCUAGUAGCAAGCUAGGUAACGGCUGAAAGCAGCAUGCUUGGAACUAAAAAAUUAUAGAUACACAUUCUUGUGACUGGAAAUCAGUGCAAUGCAAAGAAACUGGACCAUGCAGAUAUGCAAGCAGGUUUCAGUGUUUGUUUUAUUUUUGUUUACUAGCAGAGUAGUAGAUAGGACUGUAUGCGCUGAGUAGGUAAUGUUACUCAAUCUACAGUAUGUGAAAAAACCUUUUUUGGGGGAUGAAAACUCAUUAACAAAUUGAUCAAAGGUUGACUAGGAACAUUGUUCAUUGUCAUGGACUCUGCAGCUGGUAAACAUUCCUGCUUCUUUUGUUAUGGGCAAAGACAUGAAUGUAAUUGUAGUUCUAAGUUUUCAAAAUACAAAUGUUGGAAAGCAAGAUUAGGGUGGUUGGGCUUUUUAUUUUGGGAUUUUUUUUUUCCCAUGGAGAGAAGAUUUAAUGAAUAGUAAUGUUAUAAUGCAGGAGCAGCAGACUGAUUCUGGCCAUUAUGCUAAAAGGCAAUAAAAUGACAUCAGAUCAUAAGGCAUAACUGAAGAAAGUUCUGGACCCCAUGGUGUGGAUGUGAGCAAAUUUGAAAAUCAGAUUUUUUCUCUGGCACUGUUAGUAUUUAUAGCAAUAAUAUUAAUUGAACUUCUCCGUGAAACACAUUAAUAUUUGUACCAGCAAUAAAUUACUAUGUUUUUCUUCUAAGUAUUAUAAUUAUAUUGUUUAAUUUAAAUAUAUUUCAUGUGCAAAGAGUUUUAUACAGAUAGUCUUUUAGUUAAUAUAUUAAGAUGUGCUAAUUAUUUUCUCCUGGUAUUUAAACUGGAAGCGAAGUCCCUUAAUUUCCUUUGGUAUUAGUGAAGCUUUGGAAGAGUUCAGAACACGUGUGUUGGGAGGACAUCCUGAAUACACUGAAUGUACAUGUUUCAGAGCACUUGGUCCCUCACCAGUUUGCUUUAUUUGGUAACUUAAAUAUAAUCAUUUGAUUAGUGUAAAUGCCAGUAGCUUUUUGGAGAUGUUGUAUUUACUGUCAAAUUCUCAAAUUAUGCUGAUGUAGGAUUAGAUUGUUUUCCCACCAGUUUUAUAGCUUGUGAUAAAAUAUUGUUCUCCGUGGUAGCAUGUUCGGCAUUGAAUGUGUCUGCACAGGCUCAACCAUCCGUGAAAUGGCAGCAAAGUUCAGGUUGCAAAAAGCAAUAAACUGAUGAAACCAC